GAACGGACUCUGCUGCCGCCAAUUCUCUUCCACGCCAAAAAGUUUUUCUGCGCGCCAUGUUUUUUCCUCGCCGGCGCCAAUUCCUUUCCUCCGCAGCUAAAUUUUUUUGCCAUCUCCCGAUCAAAACGACGCGCCCUAUGCCUAGGCUUCCAAUUUCUGUCUUCCGCCUAUUUUUUCUCUUCCACCCGCGCCAAAUCCUUCUCCUCUCUGUUUGAUUUUUUUGGCAUCGCAAGAUGAAAACGGCGCGCCCUAAUGCCCGGGCUUCCCUUCAAAACUUGAGCAAUGCAUAUAUAAAUACUCCACCAUGGAUUAGAAGCAGUCUGCAACUUUUCCCCUGCCUUCUUCUAGCCUCGACCAAUUUCAGUAGCAAUGAUGCCCGAUGGGUUAGACCUCAAUGCCGAGCCUCCUAUAGACUGGGAUGAAAUUAGCGAGUGGGAAGGGCCUGCAUAUGAACUCGAUUAUGACUUGGUGUGGACUGAUGAAGGUGCCUCGCAAGAAGAGCAGUCUGGUGGUAAUGGAGAAGGUGGUGGACGUGCAAGAGCUGCUAGACAACGGAGAGCCAACGUAGCUGCUGGUGAUGGGUCUGUUGGACAACAACGAUCUGACGAAGCUGCCGGGGCUGUUGGACAUGCAAGAGCUGAUGGAGGACCUACUGGACAUGAUGGAGCUACUGACGAUGGAAUAGCUGCAGUAGGUAACUUAAUUCCAGUGGCAACUCGCUGAUUCAUUAGGAUCGGUUUCAUGUUUUAAGCUCGAUCAUGCCCGUUUCCUCUAUGCAUGAACAGGUUUUGUCCCUGCUGCUGAUGGAGAAGGCACUGGACAAGGACGAUCUGACGGAGCUACUGCUGGUGGAACAGCUGCAGUGGGUAAGUACCUGCUGGAUGUUCAUGUUUUUAGCUUCAAAAUGUUUCCUCUUUACGCAUGAAUGUCUUGCCGACUUAUUAAUCAUGUUCAUGCUUUCAUGGUUUUUAUUU